CAGAAAAAUAAGAAAGAAAAAAAAAGUGUGUGCAAGAACUGGAAGUGGCAAGUCAGUGCUUGCUUGCUAGUUAAAGGUUUAGGGUAAAGACUUGGAAAAGAAAGAGAGUCAAAUCCCAAUUCAACUGUGAACAGAAAUGGUGAGAAAACAUGGCUGGCAAUUACCUGCUCACACUUUUCAGGUUGUUGCGAUCACUGUAUUUUGCUUGUUGGUGAUUGCUUUCUAUGCUUUUCUUGCUCCCUUCAUUGGAGGUCGUAUAUGGGAAUACAUUUUCAUUGGUGUUUACUCUCCUGUGGCACUCAUUGUGUUCAUUCUUUACGUCAGAUGCACUGCAAUCAACCCUGCUGAUCCGGGCAUUAUGUCUAAGUUUGACCCCAGAGUGGGAAAUAAUUUCAAUUCUGUUCAUGAAUUGUCAGGAAAACAUCACAUUUCGGAACAUGAACGCAUUGCUGCCAGAGAACAAUAUUCUCCAUCAUCUUCCAAAAGGUCUAUGACAAAUAUGAGCAAGAAAAGCUCGGUGGAAGAUAUGGACAGGGCAGACAGUUCAAGGAAACAGAAUAACCAAAGCUCAUGUAAUGUAGUUGGAGGAAUUUUCUGCAUACUAUUUUCACAUGAAGAUUGCCGAAAACAAGAAGCAUCGACUGAGGAGCAGGGUGGUGGUGAGGAUGCACUGUUCUGCACUUUGUGCAAUGCUGAGGUGCGCAAGUUCAGCAAACAUUGUAGAAGUUGUGAUAAAUGUGUUGAUGGCUUCGAUCACCAUUGUCGGUGGCUUAACAAUUGUGUGGGUCACAAAAAUUACAGUUCUUUUAUUGCUCUCAUGGCUUUUAGUCUUGCUUGGCUAGCCAUUGAAGCUGGAGUGGGUGUUGCGGUUUUUGUCCGUUUCUUUGUCAAUAAGAGAGGAAUGGAAUCUGAAAUCAUUGAUAGACUUGGAAAUGGAUUCUCUCGGCCCCCAUUUGCUGCCGUUGUGGUCGUAUGUACUGUAGUUUCUAUCUUGGCUUGUGUGCCUUUGGGUGAGCUUUUCUUUUUCCACAUGAUACUAAUCAGGAAGGGCAUUACUACUUAUGAAUAUGUUGUAGCAAUGAGAGCCAUGAGUGAAGCACCUGCAGGGGCAUCUGUGGAAGAUGAAUUGCCAAAUAUACUUUACUCUCCAACAGGCUCAGCCACGACUGGAUUGAGUGGAGGAAGUUCUCUUGGUUUGCAAUAUAAAGGAGCUUGGUGCACCCCUCCCAGGGUAUUUGUUGAUUAUCAGGAUGAAGUUGUGCCUCACUUGGAGCCUGGAAUGCUACCGUCUACUGUUGAUCCAGAUGCAGCGGGUAUUGCAGAAAGAGGGCAAAAGAUGCCAAAAAGACCUGUUCGUAUUAGUGCUUGGAAGCUUGCUAAGUUGGAUUCACAAGAGGCUGUGAGAGCAGCUGCGAAAGCCAGGGCAUCUUCUUCAGUUUUGCGACCUGUAGACAGCCACCGCCUACCAGAUGCAGAAUUGAGUUCUAGUGGCAACAUGAGCAUCAGAAGUAGUUUGAGCACUGAGACUGGAACUAACAAGGAAAUUAAACACGAGUUAAGAUUGUCUCCGGUCCAAAAUUCUAUUGCUCCUAGUCAAGGAAGUCGCGAUGAGUAUGAGACUGGAACUCAAAGUAUGAGUAGCUUCAGCAGUCCUAGCCAUGUUCAUGAGGCAGUUACACUCAGCCCUCUUCCACAGGGUCACAGUUUGGGUGGCUUCAGGUCAGGUGCCUCAAUCCCUGGUUUGGUGGUGCCUGAACGUCCUUUAACUUCUAAAGCAACAUUGUCAAACUUCAGGAACCCAAUAUCUAAUCCAUCUCUUGGAUUUGAUGGGAGGACAGCAAUGCCAAAAGGAAUUGGCCAUGAUCCAUUGUUGCUUUCUGCUUCUAACACUUCUAUUCUAAGAGAUGUGAAACGGUCAUCAGUUGUUUGGGAUCAAGAAGCUGGCAGAUACGUUUCAGUCCCUUUAUUGCCGUCAGAAGCCCGAAAUAGGUCAUCAAUGCGUGUAGAAUUGCAAAAUGUAAAUGCUGAAACAAGCAGUUUUGGGAAAAAACCAGUGAUUCCGCAGCAGCAGGAGUUGUCAUCAUCUGCACCCAAGUCUCCAGGGCAGCAUAGACAGAAUCUGAUGUAUACAGGAGAUUCUAUCUUUUAUGGAGGUCCAUUUUUGAGUGCCCCUAUUAAAGAUGGUUUGAAAAAUGAAAGACGUUUGGCAUCAGGGGAGGCGCAAGAUAACAUAUCGGCGAACUUGCCCCUAGAGCCAAGAUAUAAAAGGGACUCUCUUUCAAAUCAGCUUCCCGUGUUUGUCCCUGGUGGAUUUGAGAAUAACCUUCAACCUCGUUCUGGCAUGAAUUAGUUUGAUUUGUUUUGAGAUUCCAAUGACCUGGACAAAGUUUUUAUUGGAAUCGAGAGUACAGUGAAGAGCAACCAAAGGGUCUGUCUAUAUGGUGGGCGCGAUUUUAGCCUUUCAGACCAUACAAAUGAACAUUAUGGUGAACAACAUCUGACGCCAACAGCUGGUUCAUCAUUUAGGUUUAAAGUCUGUCGUCUUGCAGCCUGUACGUACGUUUGAGAUACAUCAAAAUGCCUAUGGGCAUUUGAGAGAUUGAAAUGAACUUCAUUGCUCCUUUUGCUGAACAUGCAUUGAGAAAUGUGAAUCAUCCGUGACGCGGUUGAUGAAAUCUCAAAGCACUUAUCAGCAUCAGUUCAGUAAGCAUGAUCCUCCUUAAUGGAUUUUAAUUUAUUAUCGUACCAUUUGUUCCACUA